AUGAAAGCUCCUUUAAAAAAACGAAAGGAGGAAAAAGGCUACUAUAGCUGCUUAGAUUUUGAAAAUUUGUAUAAAAAAAAAAAAAAAAUUAAAUCGAAAUAUUCGACAUAUAGAAAAGAACUUUAUAGUGAUAGUGAAAUAUUUGAAAAAAAAAAAGUACAAAUAAAAAAAAAAAAUGGAUAUAUACAUGUACAGAAACACCAUAUAUUGCAUAAUAGGAACAAUGACAAAUUAUUUCGGAUUGACAACACAACUAUAUAUAAAGAUCACUUUGAUAAAUAUGAAGAAAAAAAUGAUGAAAAGUUAUCAAAUUUAAAAAAAAUUUUAAAAAUAUAUGAAAAUGUAUCGGUAAACGAAAAAAAGAAACUUUAUGAAUUAAUAAAAUUCUUUUCCUUUACACAAGGAGGAUUUCAAAAUGAUAAGUUGAGACAAAAAUUAUGGUUGCUUUUACUCGGAUUUAACAUCAAUUUGUCUAAAGAAAAAAAUUAUAAUGAUCACCCAAUAUCAAUUUUAUGUAAGAAACAUAAAAAAGAAUAUAAAUCAGUUAAUUUGGAUAAGUAUUUUAAAUUAAAAUGGUCACAAGAGAGAAAAACAGAUCAUUCGUGUAAUUAUGAAUAUGCCAAUGAUAAUGGGAAUCUCAAAGAUGAAGGUACAUGUUCACAUUUGAAAAAUGAAAACAACAUUUACUAUUAUGACAACUCUUCCUGCCCCCAGAAAAAGGCAUAUUGUUUUACUACUUGUGACUUAACUGAUGAAACAAAUCUUCAUGCCUGUUUUGCCAAAGAAGGAGAAAAUCAAUUUAAAAAAAAUUUUAUUGGAUCUGCACACAUGAGUGAUAGUAGUAAAAAUGACACUUGUGUUGAAGCCCCUCGUUCAGAUAUUUUUAAGGGUAUCCCUCCGCAGUUCCCCCCAUCUAUGCAAAUAAGCAAAGAUAUGAGAAAAGAUAGUAACAAAGAUAGAAACAAAGCAAGAAACAAAGCUAGAAACAAAGCUAGAAACAAAGCUAGAAACAAAGCUAGAAACAAAGCUAGAUAUGACGAUUACAACCCAUGUGAAGAGAAAAAUGAUGAUUGUCUCCACAAAGGAUCAAAAAGGAGGUUUUCCCAAAAUAGAAAAGAAGAGAAACCCGAUAAAGUAAGUUCACAUAUCCAUUCAAGAUCCUCAUCGAGGUCAUUCUCAACAAAGUCUUGCAAAACAGAACUGCUAUGCACAUCUUCUUUGGAAUCUCAACAACGUUGGGCUUCGGAAAAUUCGCUAUACAUAUCGGACAGCUUUAUUUCCUCAACAACAUCAUUCACAGCAUCUUCUGUGUCAGCCUUCGAGGAAAAAUGCAGAAAGAAAAGUAACAUCUCGAAAGAGGCGUUUAAAUGCAAACAGAGGGAAUUGCAUCGUGAUCAUAUUUUUAAUACCUCCAAGUUUUUUCUUCAUUAUACACAUUUGUUGCGUUGUAAAUGUGGUAAAAAAGGGUAUAAAUGGAUGAACAGGAAGAUGAAUAAAACUGGACAUAAUAGUGAAAAUAAUAUGAACGAGAAAUAUAAACAAUCGAAUAGAUCAUUUCUUUUUUUCAGUGAGAAAAAAUACCUGAAAAAAAAAAAAAGACACAAAAUUAUCAAAAUAAGAAAUGAGAAAAAAGCCAAAAAAUGCAUCAAAAAAAAGAUAAGAAAAAUAAUUCAUUUUUUGCUAAAUAUUGACAAAGAAAAAAAAAAUUAUGAUAAAAAGAAAAAUAAAAAAUUUAUUAUAAAAUUGUUGAAGAUAAUUUAUAAAAAUAUGUUAGAAGUUGAUUUAUAUAUAGUAGAUUGCAUAAUAAGAAAAAAUCAAAAAAAAAAUAAGAAUAGCAUAUUAUCUUACUUAAAAUAUAACAUUAAGAAUAAUUAUAACUUAAAUUCAAAUUUAAAUAAAUGGAUAAUAGACAGUGUUUUACUUGAUGAAAAUGAAAGAAUUCAAGUUAAGAAAGAUGUCAAAAGAAGUGUAAAUACAUGGAAUGUGCAUAAAUAUAAUAUAUAUGAAAUUAAAAAAAAAUAUCAAUAUAUUUUAAAAAAUAUUAUAUGUAGUAUUUUGUAUAAACAUUCAAAUAAAAUCUAUUAUGCACAAGGAGUUCAUGAUGUUUGCCUUGUUUUUGUAACUUUAUAUUUUCACAAUUUUUUGAAAAAAUAUAAAAAAUAUGUCUUCUUAGAGUAUUUUAUAUACAAAUAUGUAGUAAAUAAAAUCUGUGAUUUGAUUUUUUCAAAAUCUAAAACUUUUUUUAAAGGAAGCACUCAUGAUUCACAUUGUCACUUUGGUGUAGCAAACAGAUCUAUGGGUGAAAAAAGAAUAUACUCUUUAUAUAGAGAAAAUUAUGAACACAGUCAGGUACAUUCCCUUUUGGAGACACAUAAAAAUACCGUAGUGAAAAAAACCGAGGUAGAUAUAAAUCACUCGAAUCGAUUCGAAAAAAUAUAUUCAUGUAGGGAAUGUCAGCUAAGGAGGAAAUGUCAAACGCACAGAAGAGACAUAUUCAAAAACAACAUUCUUGACAUGUUUCUAAUGGAAGAAAAGUAUAUUGAAAAAAUAUGCCUGCUGAAGAAUAUUAACCUCGAAAAGUACAUAAAAUAUAAGACGAAGAAAAAAAAAAAGGAGUAUGCUGUUUAUUUGAUAUGUGAACGUUUUUUGCUUUUUUAUAUGAUAGAUUAUUUAACAUUAUCUCUAGAUGUGUCUAUUAACAACACAUUUAAGAGUAUUGGACUUUUGUUGAAAUAUAUAGACAAGGAUGUGUAUAAUGUAUUUUGCCUCUUGCAAAAGGAGCAACAAUAUGAAAACCUGAAAUAUGUAAAAAAAAAUGAGAGUUCUAAUUUUAGUAAAAAUUAUAACAAUGAAGAAAAAAAUAAAAAAAGUGUUCAAAAAGGAUACAACAGUUAUAUGGAAGAAAUGGAAAAUAAAAGGAAUUCCCUAAUGUUAAGCGGAACUGAAUUUUUCUUCUGCCUAAGUUGGGUUGUAACAUACUAUUCACAUGUAUUUACAGAAUUUGAAAAACUGACGAGAAUAUUUGAUACGCUACUAUCGAACGAUGGAAUCUUUAUAAUUUAUUUUACGAGUUCCAUAAUUUUAAUUAAAAAAGAAGAACUUUUGCAAAUAGCAAAUAAAAAAAAAAAAGAUCUUUUAUAUAAUAACAUGUAUACAGAAACGCAUUAUAUUUUUCAAAAUAUGAAAUGGAAAGAUAUGAAUGUAGAAAACAUUAUUAAGAAGACUUACUAUUACAUGAACUAUAAAAUACCCUUUGAUACAUUUUUAAAAAAAAUAAAAAAAAAAAUUUCCUUCCCUCCGUUCUCUCCAAUAUAUAGCUACCCAUUCAUCUUGCAUUAUUUUCAUUAUCAAAAUGAGCAACAGGGGUUAAGAAACAAUUCGGCAGAAAAACCGAUUUGGGAUUUGUACGCCCAUAGUAAUUUCAAAAAUGGAGAAAAUUCCAAUUAUUCCCUCAAGGAGGAGGAGGCGGAAGAGAGGCAGAACAAACCGGGAGUUAACAAACCAGAUCUAGUGCUAACCACUAGGACAGACAAUACCACUAAAUUUAGGGAUCAUACCGUAGAUAACAUUAACAAAAGGAAUCCUUCAUGUGAUGAACACAGCAGUGGGAGAAAUUGCAGUUUUUCCAUUCAGAGUGGUAAAAUUCAGGAAAUUUAUUACAAUGACGAAGACAAAAAUAUCACACCUUCAGAACACGAUUGGGUAGAAAACUCCAUCCACUCACAGCCCAAUCAGUCCAUCCACUCACAGCCCAAUCAGUCCAUCUACUCACAGCCCAACGAAGAUAUUGUUACGAAUGAGGAGAGUAUGAACAUGACCUCGAAGCAAAUGGAAACAUAUGGAAGAUAUAUCAAGGAUUUAUUUGAUAAAGAAAACAUAAGGAAAUCAAAUAAGGAGAAGGAAAAGAAGAACAAGCCAAUUUGGAAUGAAGAGAAGGAUAAGAAAGACCACAAUAAUAUUUAUCUACACUACCCAUACUCUAUUUUAUGCAAUAACUUAGAGAUGAUGAAUAAAGAAAUUAUAAAAAAACACUUAUUGGUAGAAAAUUUUUUUCAAUAUGUGUUUUAUGAUUUCAUCGUAAAUUACAAGUAUAUAUGUACCAUGUACAAAGCAAAUUCGAGAAAAAAAUGUUACACCAUUCAGUAUAUAAAAGUGAAGGGGAAAAAAGAAUAUAUUUUGAAACAAAUUAAAAAAAUAAAAAAAAUUAAUAAACAUGAAAAAAUUUUAUAUAAAAUGGCAAAACAUAUUACUUUUUUUUACUUACACAAAUGUUGGAAGAAAAAAAAUAAAAAAUAUGUUUACAUAAAUUAUGUUACAAAAAGGAAAAGGGCAACAAUAAUUUCCUCUUUUCACAACCAUGCAAAUAACGCAGGUAAUAAAAAAACAAUAGCUAUUAUCCCACCAAUCUAUAAAUAUAUAGUUCAAGACAGUUUUGUUACCCAAAAUUUCAGACAGACAAAAAUAGGAAAAUUUGAUAAAACGGUUAAAGAUACUAAUCAUAACAAACAAAAAAAAAAAUUAUUCUAUAUCUAUUACCUUCUGAAAAAUUCCAUUUAUGAUUCACCUUACGUUAAUUUCUUUUUUUUAUUUUUUAUAGUAUCAUUAUUUUCUUCCGUUUUGUACUAUCGUUGGUGA